AUGUCCUGCUCCAGCCUGUGCGUCCCCACCUGUGGGGUGGCCACCCCGGCCCCUCUGGCUGACACCUGCAAUGAGCCCUGUGUGAGGCAGUGCCCUGACUCCACAGUGGUCAUCCAGCCCCCGCCCUCGGUGGUCACCUUCCCCGGGCCCAUCCUCAGCUCCUUCCCGCAGCAGAGUGCUGUGGGCUCUGCAGGAGCUCCCUACGUCGGAGCCGGCUCCGGUGGCUCCUUUGGAAGCCAUGGAGGCUACGGCGGUUGGGGCUACGGAGGCUACGGAGGCUACGGAGGCUACGGAGGCUACGGAGGGGGCUAUGGUGGUUAUGGGGGCUGGGGCUAUGGAGGCCGUGGUGGCUAUGGGGGCUGGGGCUAUGGAGGCCGUGGGGGCUAUGGGGGCUGGGGUUGUGGAGGCUAUGGGGGCUAUGGUGGCUACGGUGGCUACGGUGGCUACGGUGGCUAUGGUGGCUACGGUGGCUGGAGCAGCGGCCACCGCUACCUCAAUGGCAACUGCGGGCCCUGCUAA